UUUUUUAUUAAGCAUGUGAGUAUAUAUGACAAAUAUAGCUUGCAAAACUGAAAGUAAAGAGAUACAUAUAAGCGUUGUGGUACGGACUUGAUUUUAGUUGUUUCUAAACACAUCGUUUCAUUGUGUUUAUUUGAAUGUAUGUAUAAUUGUAUUGUUUUGUUUUAUUUCUUGUAUUUAUUUGGGUAGUAUUGAUUGUUAAAAUUUAUUUUGAAUUUGAUAUUCAAUUGUUGAGUUGAUUUAGGUGUUUAUGUAUAUGCAUGAUUUUUCUAUGUUCCCUGUGAUUAUGAUUUGGUUUGUCUCCUGAGUUUGAAAGGGCUCGCUAUGUUUGUCAGAGUCAGUUCUGGUUGGGGCCUCCGUGAGGAGGGUCAACAUUAGUGUCCCGGGUUUAAUGUGGUUCUUUUUGGUGAAAUGCAAGUUUUGAGUCAAUAAAAUUUUAUAUUGACUUCAAGCAGUGUCUCCCUGCCUUUACUCUGGUCAUGUCCCCACAUUAUGGUGGCAGCGGUGGGAUAUUCCAGAAGAGGAGCAUUGCUGUGUCAAAUCUUCAGGUGUGAUGGCACCAAAAUGGGCACGUACUGAGAAACCAGUGCAGAUGGAUCCUGGAGAAGAUGGGGAAGAACUACAAGGGGCUAGUGGAGGUGUUGUUGAACCAGAUCCCUCUGGGAGUUCUUCUAGGGAUAUUGCUGAGCUCAAGCAUAUGUUCCAGAAAUUCCUGGUUGAUCAAAGAGAAAGACAAGUCCAUCAAGAACAAGAAAAUGCACGGCAAGAAACAAGAUUGAAGUCCUUGCAACAUCAGUUUCGCUUACUGCAGGGAGAAGUAAGUCAACAUACCUCACUGGGAAGUCUGCCACUAGGGGAGAGUGAGGGCCCAGGUACUGCUUCCAACUGCUGGGGGUCUAUUGAAAGAGCCAAAGAUGCAGCAGCUGAGUGAGAUGGAUGACAUCAAGCAUUAUCUGACUACUUUUGAGCAAAUUGCUACAGUGUGCAAAUGGCCUCCAGAAGACUGGGCCAUUCGACUAGUUCCUCUACUCACUGGUAAGGCCCGGGCUGCCUAUGUGGCUAUGGAUGUGGAAGAAGCGACCGACUAUGGGCAGGUGAGAGAGGCAAUAUUGAAGAAAUACUCUAUCAAUGCUGAGACCUAUCGUCAGCGGUUUCAUUCUAUGGAGGUGCUGAUGGAAGAAACUCCUAAGGAAUUGUACGUUCGGUUGAAGGAUCUGUUCUAUAAAUGGGUGAAACCUGCAGAAAAGACUGUAUAUGAGGUUGCAGAGAGUAUCAUUUUGGAACAGUUUUUAAGAAUGUUAUGUCCUGAACUGCAAACCUGGAUUAAAGAGCAUGAUCCAACCUCUGCUGAGGAGGCUGCCAGGUUGGCGGAUGUAUUUGUGGCAGCUAGGCGAAGGACUGAGCCUUGGAGUUUUGCUCAGUGGAAGAUCGUAAGGGACAAGCCGUCCUCCCGCAAGACAACCUUACUGCAAGAAGGGGGUAAGAGUAUGGGUGAGAGACUGGUGAAACAAACAGAAAUGUCUAGCUUACCUACAGCCAGUGUCAGUGAACAUGGUGUGGUCACUGGAAUCCUGGUGUUUGUGGGAAGUGUGAAGGAACCUUUCCCAGGAUUCUACUACAGUGUUGUCCUGAUGACUGAGAUACUGCAAGGUGUUAGGGUGAUUUGCCUACAGUGGUUCAGGCUGCAGGAUGGCCGAAUGACUAAAGAAACGUUAUCAGACAAGAAACUUAUAGUUUUCUACCAUCUUGCUAUUACCACCCACUGCCACUUUUACUAA